AUGUCACUGCCGUUGAAGCCUCUGUCGAUCGACUCGAACUUCAAGAGACUAGAUUCCAAGCAAAGCAAGUACCACCAGAACGUGCAGAAGGCACUACAGCACUUCGAUGCUGUGACUGAGUGGGCGGACUACAUUUCGAGUCUGGGCAAGCUGCUCAAGGCGCUGCAGAGCUGGACGCCGCAGUUCCAGAACGUGAAAUACUACGUGCCCUUCCCAUACCAGGUCAGCCGCCGGCUGGCGUCGUCGUUGUCGCCCGACCUACCGUCCGGUGUGCACUUGAAGACGUUGGACGUGUACAUAUUCAUAUUUGAGAAAAUUGGGAUGGAGGCGCUAAGCAAGGAAUGCAAUAUUUGGGUGGCCGGUAUCCUCCCGCUCAUGGCGUAUGCGUCGAUCUCCGUCAAAUCACCCGUGAUCGAGCUGUACGAGAAGUACCUGAUACGGCUCCCCCCGUCGAUGUUGCGGCUGCUGGCAAAGCCGCUCAUUGCUAGUCUGCUGCCCGGCGUCGACGACGAGAGCAGCGAGUUCCAGCCUAUGGUGCUGGGGCUGCUGGACGACCUGCGGCGCAACCUGGGGGACGACUCGCUGUUCUGGCAGAGCUGCUUCAUGAUCAUGCUGUCACUGCGGAACCGGCGGCUGGGCGGGCUCGUGUGGAUGACCAAGCGGCUUCCCUCCCUCAAUGCAGUGCCACACCUGGUUUCUCAGUACCAACAGCAGGCAGCAGAGGGGAACGGCGAUGUGCAAGACAAGAAGCAGCAGCGCCAAGCCGCUCUGGCGCUUUUGCUGCCCGAGUCGCGAUGUAUAGUCUCGCCCGAGCCGGGUCUGCUGAUCCGUUCUCUGGUCAACAGUCUGCGCGAAGAGAACGAACUCUUGAUCCAACGUGGGAUCCUGGAUCUUCUGGCACAACGCAUCCAUCUCCACUCUCCUGUUCUGCAGACGCUGGUCACAAAGGCUGAUAGAGAGCUGCUGAUUAUGAGCUGCUGCAAGACAAUGUUGAAAAAGGACAUGUCGUUGAAUCGGCGCAUAUGGAACUGGCUCCUGGGCCCUUCCUCCCGCGUACAGCAGGCGGAUACGCCCCUGAAUGACUACUUCCCAAAGUAUGGCUUGGAAAGUUUGAUGAAUGGAAUCAUUGCCAUGAUAGGUUCGGAGAGCGAACUCCCCAACGCCUUUAAGAUAUGUCUUGCUUUGAUGGAUCGGUGGGAGAUUGGCUCGCGCAUUGUGCCGCAUCUCUUUAUUAAGCUGAUGAAAGCCGCAGACAAGUUCAAGGAGAGCAAGCAUGUCAUAACGGUUGCCUCUAUGUUUUUCGAUUCCAUAGAAACUACUGUAAUUUGGGGGAGCUGCUACGAGGCAAUAACUCAGAAGCACGAUUAUGAUCUAUUAGAGUUUUUAUUGUCUACCUUCAAUGUGGCGACGGACGAAGAAAUUGUGGUCCGUCAUUGUCCUCUAAUAUUGCUCACUAUGCUCUUACUUUCCUUUGAAGAUGAGCCGGCAAUCACCAAGCAAAAGUAUCGACUCUGCAAUGCACUCGCGGAUAUUAUUCCAGACAAGGCAUACCUCCCCCUAUCUCUUUCUGCUUUGGUGGGCGAGGAGGGCAAGAGUAGCGUGGAAUUGUUGUCCGCCAUUACAAACUUUUACAUUGCUGAAGCCAAUCCUCUGGUGCCGAACUCUGCAGACAAAAUGCCACCGUUCCCCCCCGCGGACUUGGCUUUCCUGAUCACUGAAAAAGUGUACCUUUUGCUUUUGAAGAGUUUGGAGACUGGAUGCAUGGUUAAUGAAAUGUCACAUUUGUAUGUUUCGCUAAUUGGGAAAAUACCUACGCAGCCUGAUGCUGAGGACAAGGCUACCGAGGCAGACCAAGCAUUGGUUUCACAAAUAUUUUCCCUGGGCCAGAAGCUUGACGAAGAUAAUUCGAAAGACAGUAUCUUCGGUAUUGUGGUGCUGUAUUCGGACUACCUAGCCCACCAGGUGGACCUUAUCGAUUCACUGAAAAUACUAAAAAUGAUUGUCGACUGCUUGUGGCAUUACCUUCUGGACCCAAACCGGCAAAUGGAAGCCAUUAGAUGUUUAUUAGCCUUGAAUAGAGGUAUCUCUAAACAACAUAUCGAGGGCGCCCUGACCAGCGCGUUCAUUAGAGAAAAGGACAUUGCCGCAAAGCUUACUGUCCUUGACGCACUGUGGACUAAAUUGGAGAACGAUAUUGGUAUGAUCAGAAGGCCGCUACAGCUUAUGUUUGAUGAAUUGUUCGAUGAACAGCACCUAUCCUAUCUGCACGUAUCCAAGUGGAUAGUAUCUGUCAUCAAUGCGAAUGCCUCGAAUAGGCUAUUCCAAGUUCUGGCGGAUAAUCUGCUGUCGUUUGAUUUUUUGAUGAAAGAAACACUGACUGAAUUGGAUGACCUUGAUCUUUUUACCUAUCAUGUUCAAACUGUGACAAAUGUUCUGAGAACAGAGCAAUCCGUUCUUCUCAAAUCCUUCAGUCUCGAACUGACCUCAUUGCACUCAUUUGAACAGUGGCGAGAGGAGGAUGUCUCAACAUACAAGGGACUUACCAUCGGAAUCCUUCUUAGAUUUUUAAACUUGGAGAAUAAUACGCAUGGUAGAAGUAUUAGAAGCGCCCUGAUUUUAUUAGAUACACUGAUUGACGGUACUGAACAGAAUUUUAAGGCAAUUGUUACCAGUUUACUGCAGUUGUCAACCAAAUACAUUAAGAUAAAAGUCCCCGAGUCGGAACUGAUCAUUGUGUCCCUGUUGAGUAUUGUGUCCAAGAUAUUAUCUCUGUCACACAAGAAUGACAUUAAGUUGGAUAUAUUUGAUGACAAUAGUUCGCACAUUAACUACAUUGACUUUUUAGUGUCAAGCAUUGCGAAUAUUGAGUCGCCUUUAACUGUCUCCUCUUAUGUUCAGUUAUUGUCCGAAAGCAUCAUCUACUUCCAGCAUUCCAUCUUCAACAUCAUUCUACCACUGUCUUCCUCACUCACGCAAUGUAUUGAAAGGUUAUUUUAUCAAUCUGAGGAUAAGGGUAAGAAUUACAAGUCUUUCUCUUUAUUAAUUGAUGGGCUGGAAGAACUUUUGGAAGUAUCACAUGGGUAUCUGAUGGCAGGUGAAAACAAUGGCUAUCUGAACGGGCCCAAUUCCAAGAACGAUUUCCUACAGAGCAUGGUGUCAAAUGUAUUUUCAAACGAUCCUUCAAACUCUACCUCGAAGCUCCAGGGAGAGCGCGAGGUGGUAUUCCAGUCAUACAAGAGGGCGAUCGACUGCAGUUUUGGAAUCUGGAUAUGGGCACAGAAUAUCUCGAAUAGUAGGGCUCUACCACCUGAUCAUUGUGUGGGGGAUCCAGAAUACAGCGAGUCUGCCCACCAACUGUCAUACAAGUACAAGUUCAAAACCAAGAAAUUGAUCGACAAGCUGUUCACACUUGAACCAUUAGAGAUUCUAGAAAAUUUAAUAUCCUAUAGAAUGGAUGAUUUAACCAUAACUCUGACGCAUGUUCUCGAUGGUAACAGGCCUGUUUUGACUUUACCUCACUUGAUGCUGAGCGUUGUGAGCAAGUGCAAUAAGGCAACCACGGUGACGUUUUCCUCUAUUGCUUCGAGAAAAUCAUCUGACCACCUAGUCACUGCCGCCAAGCUAGAACCAAAACAAGUAUUGGCCUUUAUUAUCGAAUAUGUGCGCAGCCUGGAGAACGCGGCCAUUGAGGAUUUCUACAACGACUUCCUUGUUUUCAUAAAAGAGGUUUCACAGAAUUAUUCGCAAUAUGAGCAGCUCAGUUAUCAGCUUCUCAUCCUGAUAGCCAUCAUUUCUGAAAAGAUUGCGCAUUCGCAAUUUGGGCAGCAGAAGCGAGUACGUAAAGAGGUCAGCGAUGUCUUUGUGAAGUAUUUGACUUCGACAUUGGCCGAGGACAUCGUAGCAAAAAACGGCGUGUGCGAAGCCAACUACCAAGACAUUCUAUUCAUAUUGGCCAGGCUCCAGUAUAUUGUAAAUGAAUCGCCUCAGGGCGACCGCUUCGGGGCUUGUGUCUCCACCAUCGUCUCUCACUGUGUGUCGCCGCUGUUGAAACAAGGGAAACUAGAGGUAAGCUCGCCCGGCUUCAUGGAGCUGCUCUUGGCCAUUGCACCUGUUGGGGCUAAGGUACGCAACUGGAAGACCCUCCUAAACGACAUCUUCACGGAUAAUACAAAGCUAAGCAUGUGCCUCAAGGAAGACAGAUGGAACCAGGUUAUCUACGAAUGGAGCCAAUAUCCAGACAAUCAGGACAAAUUGAUCAGUGACCUGCUACUAGCAAUUGGACAAAAAGGGAACGUUAUCACCCCCACAAUAAACCCCUUCCAAGGCUGGGCCGAGUCUGAGGUCGACUUGAAGUGCAAGCAGAUGGUGAAGCUCGCAUAUCUGCUGCUUAUCGCGCCGCCGGACACGUACUUGUUAUACUUCAAGCAACUAAUGAGCCAGCUUGAGGACUAUCUAUUCAGCACCGACACGCCGCUGAAGGCGAACUGUUUCAUCCUCCUGCGCGCCGUAUUUUUGUGCAUCGAACAGAUGCACAUCGCAGACUACUGGUCCAUGAUCAGCCACGGUUUGCAGACGGGACUUCAGGCGUUCUACGAGAGCCUCCAGAUCCAGGAACCGAUCGACGCACACCUGGUGCUGCACAUGUGCAAGUGCCUCGACCUGCUGCUCGUGCUCAACAUUGAAGACUUCAGCGCCACGAACGAGUGGCUGUUCAUCAUCGACACCAUCAACUGCAUCUAUAAAACGGACCCAUUCAUGGCUCUCAUCGACGAGAUCAGCGAAUGCAAAGACUACACGGGCAGCCACAUUGCCGACAUCGAGCUCGCCGCGGGUGAUGCACGCCUCCCGCUUCUGUGUGGUAUCCGCCGCGUCGACAGCCACCUCGCCCUACGCACCUUCUUCCACAACCUCAGCUACAGCCACUACGAGACGUCGUACAGCCUCAAACCCAUUGACCAGGCUGCCUGUUGCAGAGACGUCGCGGCAGACAUCCUGGCCGCUAUAUCUACCACCAACUAA